UGUUUCCUGUGUUUGUAAACUGGGAGAAAAAAAAAAAAUUAGGAACUCCGAGCAGAAAUAUUACUCGCACAGAAACGGAAGGUAAAUUAAAAAUAAACGUUUAUCUCUAGCGUGUUAAUUUUAGUGCUUAGCAGCGAGGGGUUUAUUUUGAAAGACAGUCUGAAGACGCUAAAGGUAGUAGCAACACUGGUACAAUGGAUCUACUGGAUCUUCCUGCUUGAAGACUCCUGACUGGAGUUAGAGUACGUUGUCUUAGAUAUUUUCUUGGCUCACACCCCUGCUGACUGUGUGUUACCUAUCCGUUCUCUCUGCCCAGUGCGACGCGCUUUCUCUCUCCCCCAACACACGCACACACAUCACUGCGAUGUCACAGCUUUCCAACAACCCAGUCCGAGACCACAUGAAAUGGGCUGGGUUGCUGGGCUGUGAGGCUGUGCUGUCCAGCAUGGCUCUGAUGCAGGCCACUUCUCCACCCAGCCAUAAAAAGAUGACGUCUCCACUGAGCCAGAACCACAACCACAGUCACAACCAGGAAGCCCACGGUCACCACAGUCACAUGGUGCUGCCGUCUGGAGUCAGCUGCUCACCCAUGCUCAUUAAUAAGGACAGAGAGUUCCACUCGUCCCGGCUGCUGGAGGAGAAGGACAUGCGGUCAAGCCAGAGCGUGCAGUCAAAGAAGAAACACAGGAAGUCAGGAACACCGGCCAAAGUGAGAGAAAAAGUGCAGUGCGAGAAUCCAGAACCCAAAAAUGUGGAAUUUGUAGAUUGGAGACAAAACAGGUGGAGAUGCCUGAGCCAAGCGAUGACGGUUCUCUCAACUCCCAUGUGCAGAAGAACUUCAUCUGCGAGCACUGUUACGGCGCGUUCCGCAGUAGUUACCACCUCAAACGACAUAUCCUCACUCACACAGGUGAGAAGCCGUUCGGGUGUGAUAUGUGCGACAUGCGGUUUAUUCAGCGCUACCACCUGGAGAGACACAAACGUGUGCACAGUGGAGAGAAGCCUUAUCAGUGUGACCGCUGUCAGCAGAACUUCUCCAGAACAGACCGCCUCUUGCGGCACCGGCGCAUGUGUGUCGUCGGCAUCCCUAAGGAGGAGAACAUGUCAUGCUGUGAGGAACGAUCCUAUUCACAGGAACCUGCGCAGCAGACGUGGAGCCCCCUACAGGCCAACAACAGCAGCAGCCGGCUUGCAGUGUGACGGUUUUCCGAAGCCUCCUUUCAGCUCGGUGAGAGCAGGGUGGACUCGGCACAGCCACUUGGGGACACGUUACUGUAUCAGACUGAUCCUGGAGACUCUGGGGGAAGGGGUGGGAAGAGUCUCGAGCUCCACUUCAACUCGGUCAUAUUCGGCUAUUUUUUGAGCGGAUUUGACUUGACUUGGAUGGGUUUUUUGUAGUAUUUUCUAUAGAUGCUAUCAGCCCUUGGGAGGAUUGGCGUAGUUUUUUUUAUACUGCACAGGCAAUAAUGAGUAAUGUAGAGGACCAAGGAGUGGGUUAAUCCCUAUGUUUAAUAACGACCAUGGAUGGAGAUUGGUUUACACACAUAAGACGGUUUAAUGUGUUACACAGUCACAGAAAAUUGUGAGCAGCUCUUCAGCCGUUGUCACACGUGGCCUUUUGAUUUCUCCACCAUUCAUCAGUAGUGUCAGGACAACCUGGAAUUAGUGAAGGAGGUGCUAACCUGCAUGACCCUACAUUCAUACAAGCAAGACACAAGUCACUCGUGUUGCUUGUAGUUUGUCUCUAAUGGCCACUACGGUUGUCGCAUGUGGGCGUACACCAGGGCUUCCCAAACUACACGUCACUUGAUUUACAAACAUGGGUCGUGAGAGAUACUCACAAUAUUUUAUGAAUUAAUAUUAGAAACAUCAACGAUUUAUUCUGUGUGCUAAUAUUACGAAAAGCCACAUUUAAAUGAAUAACGUACUUGUUAUUUUAGUCUUUUUCACUCUCCUGCCACGCUGCUUUAUCGUAGUUCAGCAAAAACAAAAAAAGGACAAAUUUCCCUGUUGGUCUAUCUUUGCUAAACAAACUGUGUUUAAUUUUAUAUACUUAUGUACUAUUUUAGACUGUUAUUGAGUACUAACACUAACCGGUUUCCCUGUUAUAGUUAGCAUUUGAAUUUUAAAAACCUGUCGCGUCACUCAAACCUACUGAAAGGUCUGUUUGCAUACCAGCCUUCUGGAUUUUCUAGAUGUAUGUAAGGUCAGAGGUUUCGAUUUGCGAUGCAGACCAUGACAACAAUCACGACAAAGGGAGAAAGUUUUAAUAGAGACCGAGCUCGUCAGUGUGUUUAAUGUUGCUCUGCAUGAAAUCGCGAAACAUUUUACAGUUCGGGAAGUAUAAACCAGGUUCCUCUGCUAGACAUCUGACUGUAUAUUGUAUAUCUGGAAUAAAAAUAAAAAAUGUAGGAUGGUUAAAGCUUGGAGUUGCAGAAAAUUCAUAAUGUCCACUCGAGGUCAUUUUGCUUAAAACGUUUGGGAGCCCUUGGCGUACACUGUCCGGCGUUUUCUUAUUUCCAGUGAGGAACCCGUACUAGCCAAAAUUGAACUAAUUGUAAAGCUCACUAGUUAAACACAAAUUAAAUAAAUGACUAAUCAGUGUGAAAAUUGGUUGUUUGAUUUACAUGUUAAAUGCUAGACUUCAUACUAGCCUUGUUGAAAGAUUAGUAAAGCAAGCAUUUGUUAUAACAGAAUAAGAUGAAACCACAGUUAUAAGCGUUUCUUCCACUUUCCUGCAUCAAACAAUAAACUAAAGAUAUGUCGGACCACAGUCGGGGAAUCAAUCGAGCCAGUCGGUUGCAUUUGUUGCUUGUCACUGGCCACUGUCGCUCAAAUCAAGGCUCCUGGACAAGUCGUGGUACAUAAUAAUUAGUGGUCUGUUGCUUUGUCGCUUGCUAGUGUAAACACAACAAUUAAAAUCUUUUUCCCAAUAACUCCAUUUUAUUUCAAGACAUUUUGGGAAUGUUAGGCUCUUAAGGGUGUAGGAAGUAGGAGUUUUACAUUUAGCCAUGGCAGUUUCAUGACACAUCAGUGAACAUUGCUUAUAAAUCUCUUUUUAGUUCUAAAGACGUAUUUUUUUUUUUAAAAGCAUAUUCAUAAUAAUGGUAUCGAAGAAGGAACAAAAUGUAUCACUGCAGUAUCUCCUAUAGGUCUAGGACUCUUACGUUCACAUUUAUUUGUCAGACGAUUUUAACCAGGCUAAGAAAAAGUGGUCCAAUGUCAUUCAGGUCCUCAUUGAAAUGCAUAUCUGUACAUUUAUGUGCAUAGAACUGUCCAGAUUAGAAAUGUGUGAACUCAUGUGUGAGGUAUUUUUUUUUUCUUUUUUUUCCUCAAUUGUUUAUUGAGUACAAUUUUCUGAACUCAAACACUGGAUCAGUCGGCCCAAAAUAAGGCUAACAGUGUGUGUGUGUGUGUGUGUGUGUGUGUGUGUGCUUUAGUUCCUUAGAAGGCCAGGUACUACAGAUUUUAAAACACUGAACACAGACUACAUGCUGAUUUCAUGUGCUGAAUCAUAUUUUAUUUUAUUUUUUAACAUUUUCUGUAGUUGUUCUUAGAUUUCUACAGGUGUUUAAACUAGUAGCCACAUUUUUAUAACAAGUAGAUUUGCAUGAAGCUCAGUUCCUCAACCAUCCUGUAUUGUGUUUGUUAAAGAAAAAUGUAUUUUUUGUACCCAUUAAUAUUUUUUUUUGGUAUUUUUGUCAUACGCAAAACAUGCACACUAAAAUCUUUCUUACCCAUCUAGGCACUGUGUAGUGAGUGGAAAUUUAGGUUCUCGGAUAACAAUAAAUUCAUUUCUUUUCCCAGA